AUGCAGUCAGCCAUCACCUUCGGUUUUUUGGUCAAUUGGCCGCCAUUCGACAAAGACGACCCAACGAGGCCUUCGGGUCCCAAAGUGCAGAACCUCUGCCGGCGUUUGGGCUACCUCGAAGAUGAAGCCUUUGGGCCUUUCCCAGGUUUGUCGCGGGGAUCUCCCCUGAGCAUCUCCGGUCCCAACGGCACAGUGCGUGGGAUUCGGAUCGUGCCGGGCGAGACCAAGCAUCGGGUGCUGUACUUGCACGGGCAAGGUGGAAACGUUGGAGUUCUACACCGCUGUUGGCUUUACAACUUGCUGGUAGAUGAUCCGCUUUGUUGCGAGGUGCUGGCCAUAGACUAUUGUGGUUGCGGCUAUUCGGACUUCUGCCGUCCCACGGAGGCCACUGCAGUUGCCGAUGUUUUGGCAACCCUGGAGUUUAUGGAGCAAUCAGGGUCAUCCACUGAAGAGGUCAUCCUGUGGGGGCAUAGCCUCGGUACUGGAAUUGCCUUGUCUGCUUUGUCAAAGUUGCUGGAGGACGGCAAGCGAUGCAAAGGAGUAGUCUUGGAGGCUCCCUUCCUCUCCUUGUCCUCAGCGGCUGCUUCCUUGGUGACACCCAAUAGCUGGACGAACCUUCAGCAAGGUUUGAGCCGGCGCCUGUCUCAAGUGAUGGGCGCCUUGCGCUUUGAUUCGGCCUCCAAGAUCCAAGAAGUGGCCCAGCAGGUCCCAGUGAUCAUUCUUCAUGGCACGGAAGACAACAAAGUGCCCUUCGAGCACGGAAGACGUUUGGCGGAGAUUGGACAUGUGCCGUUGCACAGCUUCUCCUGCAGUCAUAACGACAUCGCGAAGCAAGCUGAGUUGGGUGGUGCCCAACGUCAUCCAGAUCGUAUCAAGAGGCUCUACCUGUUGGCAGCGCUGGAAGUGGAAAAGUUCAAAAACAAGACUUUGGAUGCUCAGAUGACAAGUGCAACCCAGGGCACGAUGACCACUGCGCAGACCUUGCAGUCGCUGGUGACACAGGACCAGAGUGUGUCCAGCGAUCGAGCACUGGAAAGCCCUUGGAGAGGCUGCGAGGCCUUUCACAUCUAUCUCCUCGCCCAACGGCAGUUGUACGAAGGUCAGCACGAACAGGCGAUGAAAACAUCUCUGCGCCUUGCUGAAUACGAGGACAUCUUGGACACCCAGACCAUCUACUCUUUGAUUGCUUUGACGACGUACUACAACAAGUUCUUCGCACAAUGUUCCAGAGCAUUCAUCAAAUUGGAGGCCUCCAACGAUGUUUCCGACGAGAUGCGCACGAAGUUCGCGGAUCUGGCGCUCAGCAUCUUUACGCGGAAUGCCCCCCGGGACCCCACUGGGCACAUGUUGCCCUGCCCAAAGUGUGGAACGAGAAUAAACGACUGGGUCAUCAAUUGCAGGGCCCCCAGGGAUCCCAGUCGCCUGUCCUGCUGGGAAUAG